UCUAGCUGCGGAUUGGCCAGGGGGGCCCUCCGCCCCGCCCCUUCAGGAGGAAGGGCCGGGAUUGGCCGAAUCCCCCUGGGGAGGCCCGGCCGCUGCCGUCACGGGGCUGCCGCCCAGCUUGGGCUGCAUGAGCUGGGGGCGGGCGCCCGCCGUCCUGCUCGGCGGAGGGGCCACGCUGCUUUUGUCGUUUCUCUGGAUGCCCGCGCUGCUGCCGGUGGCUUCCCGCCUUCGGUUGCUACCCCGAGCCUUGCUGUCAAUGGCUUCUGGAAGCCCUCCGUCCCAGCCCUCCCCGGCCUCGGGCUCCGGCUACGUCCCAGGAUCAGUUUCUGCAGCCUUUGUCACUUGUCCCAACGAGAAAGUCGCCAAGGAGAUCGCCAGGGCGGUGGUAGAGAAGCGCCUAGCAGCCUGCGUCAACCUCAUCCCGCAGAUCUCUUCCAUUUAUGAAUGGAAGGGGAACAUCGAGGAGGACAGUGAGGUCCUGAUGAUGAUUAAAACCCAGAGCUCCCUGGUCCCUGCCCUGACAGAGUUCGUCCGGUCUGUGCACCCUUACGAAGUUGCUGAAGUGAUCGCGUUGCCUGUGGAGCAGGGGAACCCCCCAUACCUGCAUUGGGUGCGCCAGGUCACAGAGUCGGUUUCAGAUUCGGGCACAGCACCCUCCUCUGCUUAAUGCCCUGUGGUUUCCAGGUGACGAUGACCGAGCCCCCAAUAAACCGUCUUCUCUUCCCUCUGC